UUGGCACCGGCCUCCUUCCCAGAGUGCUGCCCAAAUCCCGCUCCCAGGCAGCUAAUCGGAGCCGCUGCAGCACGGGGGGAGCGGCGCUGGAGCCGGGCUUGUCCAGCGCAGCUCUCCGCUGCCUGCCGGGUCUGUCCGCCCGUCUGUCCGCCCGUCUAUCCGCCCGUCUGCAGGAGCGCCCCAGGUGCGGCUCAGCACAGCCCGCACCAUGCUCGCCCCGGAGCCGCUGCUGCUGCUGCUGCUGCUGCUGCUGGGCCCCGCGCUGCCGGCCGGGCCCCCGGCCCUGCGGAGCGCUUUGGGAAUUCCUGCUUCCUGCCGGCUGUCCCGGGCUGAGUCGGAGCUCAGGUGCCGUGUCCCAGGGGGGAAGCUGUGCAAUGACAGAGGCAGGUGUGAGUGUGGAGUCUGCAUCUGCCAAGUGACUGAGUCUGGCAAAUACUAUGGUCCGCUCUGCGAGUGCCACAGCUGGGUGUGCGAGACCUAUGACGGGAAAAUCUGUACAGGCCAUGGAAAGUGUGACUGUGGGAAGUGCAAAUGUGAUGAAGGCUGGUAUGGUGAAGCUUGUCAGUAUCCAGCUACUUGCAAUCUUACACGGAGGAAAAGCAAUGAAAUGUGCAAGAAUUCUCAAGAUAUCAUCUGUUCUGGUGCAGGCACAUGUCAGUGUGGCAGGUGCCAAUGUGCUAACUCAGAAGAAAAUGGACUUGUAUAUGGCAAAUUUUGUGAAUGUGAUGACAGAGAAUGCAUUGAUGAUGAAACAGGAGAGAUUUGUACAGGCCAUGGAAAGUGUUACUGUGGAAACUGUUACUGUGAGGCUGGUUGGCAUGGAGAUAAAUGUGAAUUCCAGUGUGACAUCACCCCCUGGGAGAUCAAGAAAAGAUGCACAUCUCCAGAUGGCAAAAUCUGCAGCAACAGAGGCACAUGUGUAUGUGGGGAAUGUACAUGCCAUGAUGUGGACCCAACUGGUGACUGGGGAGAUAUUCAUGGAGAUACUUGUGAGUGUGAUGAAAGAAACUGCAAAGCAGUGUAUGACAGAUAUUCUGAUGACUUCUGUUCAGGUCAUGGACAGUGUAAUUGUGGAAGAUGUGACUGUAAAGAAGGAUGGACUGGGCAAAAAUGUGAACAUCCACAUUCAUGUCCAAUGUCAGUUGAAGAAAGCACUAAGAAAUGCCAAGGGAAUUCUAAUUUGCCUUGCUCUGGAAGAGGGAGAUGUGAAUGUGGCCAGUGCACUUGUUUCCCUCCAGGAGACAACAGAGUUCAUGGCAAAAACUGUGAAUGUGAUGAUCGACAGUGUGAAAAUGCAGAUGGUGAUGUCUGUGGGGGCCAUGGUAUCUGCUCAUGUGGCCGGUGCAUUUGCCAGGAUGGGUGGUUUGGGAAGUUGUGCCAGCACUCAAGGAAGUGCAACAUGACGGAGGAGGAGAGCAGAAGUCUCUGCGAGUCAGCGGAUGGCAUAUUGUGCUCCGGGAAGGGCUCCUGCCACUGUGGAAAGUGCAUCUGUUCACCCCAGGAAUGGUACAUUUCGGGCGAUUUCUGUGAAUGCGAUGACAGAGACUGUGACAAACACGAUGGUCUCAUUUGCACAGGUAACGGUAUUUGUAGCUGUGGAAACUGUGAGUGCUGGGAAGGAUGGAAUGGAAAUGCUUGUGAAAUCUGGCUGGGGAGAGAAUACCCUUAAUGAAGGAUGUCAAAGAUUGAGGAAGUGGUUUUUUGUUUGUUUUUCUUUAGGCUGCUAGGACAUUUAAUUUCCUAAGUGUCUGGGUGUGGGUAUGCAUGAACGCACACUUACAUGGUUGUAAAUAUCUUAGAACACAUUUGAGGAUUUGGUCCUUAAACAAAUGCAUCAGAAAACUAAACAAGGAGCACGACAGCCCAAGCUCUAGAGGGUGAAUUCAUAAAAUACUGGCCCUAUGGAACUUCUCCAGAGAUUUUUUGUAAAUUCGGUGGAACCUAUAUUAUACCUAUAAUGACUAUUUCUUUGAGCAACCUGAGGCAAAGGUAUAAGAAGACCCUUAUUUUAACAUGAUUUACUUGUUUGUAAUUUCUCCUUGUCAGUAUGCAACAAUUCACCUGUAGGAGAGUAGCACUACUGGAAUAUUGUCAAAUAAUUUGAUUUGUUUUAUGGUAUUUGAAAAAUACCAUAUUAUUUGGCCCAUUUUUUCUUUCCAACAAUCCUGAUUAUGAACCAACUCAUAAAUUGAAAAAAAACAGUAAAGAAGCCUAGUAAAAAUUUUUUAUUUGGUCAAAUUAUUGUGUAACUGAGGUCAAAUCAUGUGACACUUGUAGACUGAAGACCCAAAAUGUUUGAAUGGAACAUUUUCCACAGGAGAACUUUUAGUUUCUGUGGUUGAUAUAUCAGUAAGUUGGUUAUCUAAUCUACAUAUUACAAUACUUUAAAAUACAUAACCUAUAGAAACAUAUGGAGUGAAACUAAUAAAGAUAUAAAAGUA